CCAACUACGUUUUUAAGCCCUAAUAAGUCAUACUCUUGCCAUAACUCAAUAUCUAACCAUUUGGUGGAUAGCUAUAUCUUGUUGUGUUAUGGCUGGUUGUUGAAUAGAAAUAUCCCUUUUCACUCGAAGUCUUUGUUUCCUAAAUGUCGUGCCUGCAUUAUUAAGUUAUAAUUGAAAUUUAUAUUUCUUGAUGCACAGGUUUCGAUGGGAUAUGGAACUAUUACAGCUCAUUCACUGAUGGGGUUGGAAGCUCGUGGGACUCUCUUUGUGUCUCCGGGACUGGAAUCAUACGAUGGCAUGAUUAUCGGUGAGCACUCACGAGACACAGAUCUUGAUGUUAACCCGGUUAAGGCCAAAGAGCUUACCAACAUUCGCUCUGUUAACAAAGACGAGAAUGUGAAGCUAUCUCCACCUCGCCUCAUGACACUUGAGGAGGCUAUAGGAUACGUUGCCUCAGAUGAACUUAUUGAGGUUACUCCAAAGACGAUUAGGUUGAGGAAGAGAUGUCUAGACGUUACCAAGCGUAAAUCACAGAGCAAACGAGCCAAAGAGUAACCUUCCACCGGUGCAGUUUUUAGUAAAAGUUGGUUUGGUUUCUGGCUCUCUUUCUUGUCACAUUCUUACACAAAGAAAAUUAUUGAAUAUACACUAUAUACGAGGAAUAUUCAGAUUACAUAGAUCCAUAACUUAUACGCAAGAAGAUGCAUUCUUCUGUGAGUGAUUUACAAAUCACUCAGUGAGAGUCAGUUAAUGUGAUUUUAUUACACAAUAAGUCAAUUAUUGAAGUAGUUUUGCUAUGGUUGUUUACUUUGCUAUCCCUAACGAAGCUUAACGUUUCUUUUUCUUUUUUAGUUUAAUGUUUUUAAAUUUUAAAUUGUUUUUUAAUUGGAAAGAGAUAAGAACGACACUAAAGAAUUUUCAACCACACCUUUUUAUAUUUUUUCUCAUCUUUUGCACGUUUACCUAAAAAUUGUGCUGAGAAAAGUUGAAAAAUCACGCCGAAAAACUUAAUUGAUUUGACGACGGAGGCGGUGGAGCUAGAUGGCAUAACAGAGAAAGUAUCUAGGCAAAUAUAGACUCGAUGACUUCAAUAACCACAAAAUCCUUAUCUCCUUCAUCCUCCAAAGCGUAGUCUCAGAUCUCGAUCAACUAACCACAAUCUGAUUCCCAAAAUUUCAAUAAGAGAGUUGUUCAUCCAUGGUCAAAGUCACAGCUUAUCUUCCUUCUCAUAUGAAUCAACUCUUCAUUUUGUUUUGUCUCCGCCAUCGUCACUGCUCACUCAUUAAUGCUCUCCAAUGGUCUGAGUUUGAUUACCACUUCAAAUUGUAUUAAACCUCUUUGUCUAAUACUCUUAUUAUUCUGUCACUGGAAAACUCUUUUACAUCAAGUCUAAUUACCGCUUUGAACUAUACGGCACUGCGUGUCAAAGCGUUCGUCUUGUCAACGCCGCAUGAAUGUGUUGGGUAUGUAUAAUUUAGAUUUUUAUUACUUAUUCAUAACAAAAUUUUCAUUUAAAUAAACAUUAUAUGCUCUUAGUUGCAGUGAUGUGGUUUGUAUUCUUAAAUACAAUAUUAGUCAUAUGAACACAUGUAGAUAUAUGUAAGAAGUACAC